UUUAUAAUAAAAUUCUUUUUACAUAAUUUGUGUAGAAAUAGAAGAAAAUCGUCUCUAGUAUAAAACUUUUUGGAAAUUUCAGGUAUUUCAGGUUUUUUGCCCAGAAGUAAGGUGGUUUUCAGGUUUUUCCAAACAUUUCAGGUAUUUCAGGUUUUUCAGGUGAAAUCUCACCCCUGAGCUAUGUAGCAUAAGUAUCAAUGGAAUACCUCAAAUCUCUGCUGUCAGAAUAAUAGACAUAUCAGAUAUAGGAAACUGGUUUAAGAUACUCGUUCGGGAAGGUACACCUAUCUUUUCUCUGCAAUUUGUGUUCACUAUUAAAUUCAGCAAACAAUAACAAUUCGAUUUAAAGUUUUAUUAUUUUCAAGUUUCAAGUGGUUCAUUCUUUUGGUGUUAAUUGUAGAACGUUCAGACUCACCCGAUCGAAUUGAACAAAUAACAGAAAAACGUCAGCAUUUGAUGGAACUGACAAAUCAUUUAUUAAACCCUGAAUCAGUUAAUCUUGAUCCAUCACAUUUAACCAUCUCAGAUGAACAAAUACAAGAUGUGUAUGAAAAUGAAGAGUGUAAUUCAAAUGAAGUCUAUAAUUUUCAACAACAAGAAAAGGAUGCAGAUGUAGAAGCAAUAGUAGCAAGUGGUACAGAUGUUCAGUCAUCUCAACCGCUGCUCGUCACACCAGGAACUUUGUCACCCAUAACAACUACGAGAUCCACUCAACAUCAAUCUCAAAAUCAACAUUAUUCGCCUGGCGAAAGUGAUGAAUCUGGUAGCUCAUCAGAUUCGGUGUUGAACGAUGGCGAACGACAUCAAUCGCAAUGUCUACUAUUUUAUAAUCCUCAACAACAUCGUGUACAUGCACCACCAAAGCGAAAUGAAAAUAGAGAACAAAAAAGUACAAAGGACAAUAAAUUUUUGAAAUCUAUUAGUUAUCAAUUGAAAACUCUUCGAAAAAGUGUUAAUGUAUUGAUUCAAACAGAAACGACAAAACAAGAUAUAAACGUUGAAGUAGAAGAGCUAGUGAGUUGA